AUGGUGACCACUGGUCACACCACCAGCAGCCUUCUCUGGGGCCGCCAUCUGCAGCAGCUGCGGGAGGUGCUGCGCAAGGCCGAAUUCGUUUCUUUGGACCUUGAGCUCACCG